UGUCCUGUUUCUCUGGAGGUUGAUCAGAAGAUGCAGAAGGAGAGACUCCAACAGACGGAGGAUCGUCAGUCUGACAGACAGAACGCAGAGAGUUCAUGGGCUAGAUCUCUUCUCUGCUGCUAUGAGUCCUCAUGCCUGGAUCUUUUGCGUCCUUCUCUGCAUCCUCACAUGUGCACGGAGCAAGAGUGCAUACAAAGGGCCCGUCCUGAGCCGAAAGCGGAGGCUUGUAGAGGAUGCAGCCAAUGGGGCCCCGAGAAAGUGCUCUUAUACAUUCUUGGUCCCAGAGCAGAAGAUCACAGGGCCGAUCUGUGCCAGCCAGGGCCCUUCUCUCCCAGAUAAAGAGCGUGUGACGCAGUCGGACAUAGCUGAUGUCCGGGAGCUCUUGACCAAGCAGAGACGUGAAAUGGACACACUCCGGAUGAUCGUGGACGUGGAUGGAAACAUGGUCAAUGAAAUGAAACUUUUACGCAAAGAGUCGCGCAACAUGAACUCCCGCGUCACACAGCUUUACAUGCAGCUGCUGCACGAAAUCAUUCGCAAGCGUGAUAAUUCACUGGAGCUGGUGCAGCUGGAGGGACGGAUCCUCAACAGCACGACAGAGGCGCUGCGGUUGUCUGCCCUCUACAGGGAGCUGGAGGUGCGCUUCUCCUCGCUGGCCGCACUGGUCAAUAACCAGUCGCUGCUGAUCGCAGCUUUGGAGGAGCGAUGCCUGCAGGUGUACGGGAAUCACAGACGAGAGCCGCUGCCUCCGCCUCUCGUGCAGGUCGUGCCUGAGAACAUCCCCGUGUACGUGCCUCGCUUCUCUAAUGAGAUCCAGAGGAGUCAAGGCUGGCCCGUUCCAGAGGACAGGAGUCCCAGGACGGCUCCGGCACCCACAGGAGGCUUGCUGGACCUGCAGCAUCCUCCUCAGGGGAAUGUCAGUCUGGAGGGUCCAUUUCGGGACUGUCUUCAGGCGAUGCAGGCUGGACACUCCACCAGCGGGACGUAUCUUCUGAAGCCGGACGGGACGGAGACACCUGUACAGGCCUGGUGUGAGCAUGAUGUAGACAGAGGCGGCUGGACGCUUAUCCAGAGGAGGAAAGAUGGAUCUGUCAACUUCUUCAGGAACUGGGACAGCUAUAAGAAAGGCUUUGGUGAUGUGGAUGGUGAACACUGGCUGGGUCUGGAAAACAUCUAUAACCUGGGCAAACAGGAAGACUACAAGCUGCUGGUGGAGCUGGAGGACUGGAUGGGGAAGAAGGUUUACGCAGCCUACAGCAGCUUCCACCUGGAGCCCGAGAGCCAGGCGUACCGUCUGCGUCUGGGAACCUACCAGGGCAACGCUGGGGAUUCACUGAGCAGCCAUAACGGCAAACAGUUCACCACGCUGGACCAUGACAAUGACGCCUUCUCAGGUAACUGUGCUCAUUUCCACAAGGCUGGCUGGUGGUACAGCGCCUGCGGUCAGGCCAAUCUGAACGGCGUGUGGUACUCUGGAGGAGUCUAUCGCAGCCGCUUUCAGGACGGCGUAUUCUGGGCCGAUUAUGGAGGGGGGUUUUACUCCAUGAAGUCUGUGCGUAUGAUGAUCAGACCCAUCGACUGAAGACGGACGGACAAAUGAAAGUGUAUCAGCACCAUUUUGUAAUUAAACUUUAUUUCAGUCUUCUUAGUGUCAUACUUUAAGCACAUUUUGGCAAACCAUAUCCACAACAAGAAGAUGUUUGACAGGGUUUUUCAUGAUUAGAAAUAAAUCAUAAAAACAUCUGUGAUGACUACACGGCAAAACGUGGUACAUCUAACUGCUACCUUUUUCUACAUGAUUUAACCCAUAAAAAUAAGCUUUGUUGGUAUAAAUGAAUGUAUUUAGGUUAAUUCAGUGAUAUCAGUUUUUCUCGAUGCAUCAUGAGCUUUCCAGUGAGAACAUAAUGUAACAAGAUUUUGAUUUAACAUCGGAAGCUUUGUUUAAAUGUUCUAAUUAUUACAGUAGUGCAUUCAACUCCAAAUAAUGUGCGUCAUUCUGUCAUUUUGAUCAAAGAAAAAGUCUCUAGAAACGUUCAAACAUGUAUUUAAUACACAUUUAGGUGAAAUAAAGCCGUCCAUACACCACAGUUUCUCCCACCUCACGUCUUCUGUUUGGAGGAACCAGGGUAUAUUUUGUUGGCUUUAUAGAUGUUAUAUGAGCAGAAGAACAGAGCACAGAAGCACAAUGAGAAGCAUUGCUGGGCUCUAGACGGCAGUGCAUGGAGAAAGUGUGUAAGAGGAACCGCUGGAUGGAAACGGGCCACAUGUCUGUAGUUGUUGUGUGUUUUUCCUUCUCCUCCAUCAGUCCAGCUACUGGCUAAUGCACAUGUUCUCUGUGCAG